AUGAGAAGCACUGAGUGGGGAGGGGAAUCCAGCCCAUACCCACGAGUGAAGAAUGGAGCACUCGGUAGUGAAAGGGAGAAAGAGGUAUUUGGCAUAAAAGAUGACAGCGAAGGUUCAGGAACCCCAACACAGAAGGACAGGAGCUCUUUUGAGAGGGAGCUUGUCGGGGAGAAGAGGAUGCUAAAGGAAUGCAGGGAGUCCCUGGUGUGCAUGAAAUGCACUUGGGCUAUACGUGGGUUCAGCGUGGGAAGCCGGCAGGGGACAUCCCUGGAUGGAGAACCAGUACCUGAGCAAUGGCUGACAGCCCUCUAUUUUGGAAAGGUGGAGGGCGAGAAUGGGGGCCGACAGGCACCUUUUUGGGCAUACAUCCUGGGUGCACUAGGACUUUUUAUCUACCAGUCUCUGGAUGCCAUUGAUGGGAAGCAAGCCAGAAGAACAAACAGUAGUUCUCCUUUAGGAGAACUCUUUGAUCAUGGUUGCGACUCUAUUUCCACAGUUUUUGUUGUCCUUGGAUCCUGCAUAGCAAUCCGACUAGGAACAAAUCCUGACUGGUUGUUUUUCUGUUGUUUUGUGGGACUGUUCAUGUUCUAUUCUGCUCACUGGCAGACAUAUGUAUCAGGCGUACUAAGGUUUGGAAAAGUUGAUGUAACUGAAGUUCAGAUAGCCAUAACAAUGCUACUCUUGGUAUCUGCAUAUGGUGGCACAGCAAUAUGGGACUAUAAGGUCCCUUUGGUGGGCUUGGAACUGAAGUUCUUGGCAGUUUUUAGCAUACUGUGUGGAACAGCACUUUCUUUUUUCAGUUACUUCCGUAUCAUCUUUGGUGGAGGGGUUGGAAAGAAUGGAUCUACAAUAGCAGUGGCUCACAUGACAAAAAGUGAAAUCUGUCUUCAGGACACUGCAUUUAUUGGGCCAGGACUUCUGUUUUUGGACCAGUACUUCAACAGUUUCAUUGAUGAAUAUAUUGUUCUAUGGGUAGCAUUGUUCAUAUCCUUGUUUGAUAUGCUGAGAUAUGCCACUGGUGUAUGCCUACAGAUUGCUGCUCAUCUUCAUAUACAUGUCUUCAGAAUUUCAUCUCAUCAAGCUCCUGAACAGGUUCAAAACCAUAAUGACUGAUUAAAUAGGUCAAGGACAAGAGGAGAAGCAGUUAGGGGAAUGUUGAACGAAGCUGCCUCUCUUUUUGGGGAAGACAGAUUAAGCUUUUCAAGAAAAUAGUUUUAUGAGAAAGCUUGCGCUAUCCCAGAUAUUACCAGAUG